AUGGCUCAGGCUGAAACCGUCCUCCUAACGGGUGGCAAUGGCUUCGUGGGAAGUGCCGUACUCGUAGCCCUUUGCGAGGCCGGGUAUAACGUGCGCGCAGUUGUCCGCAGGCAAGACGCUAUCGACAAAACAUCAGCCCACCCCUCGAUCAAGCGGUUCUCCGAUAAGAUCCAAUGGAGCAUCAUACCGGAUAUCUCCAAGCCGGACGCGUUCCUCGAGGUUGUGAAGGGCUGCCACCACAUCAUCCACGUGGCAUCGCCCAUUCCUCCUAUUCCCCCACGCCCGAUGGACAUGCGCACACCGGCACUGGAUGGCACAAAAGCCAUCCUCAACGCCGCCGAGAGCGAGCCGCUCGUAAAGAGGGUGGUGAUCACCGGCUCUGUCGCCUCGCUCAUGAAGCCGGAGCAUAUGCGUUGGGACCACCCCGACUACGAAACUGGCCUGCCGUUCAUGUCCGGAGACACGUACUACCCGACACCGACUGAGAGGCCAGACGACGCCACCUCCCCGGUGUUUCAUCGCUACACCGACUCCAAGAUCGCCAGUGGAAACCUAGUGAGGGACUACGCCGCGGCGCACCGCGACUCGCACUUCCAGAUGGUGGUGCUGUGUCCCGGGUGGGUCGUGGGGCCCGGCCUGUUCAUCACGAACAAGGCGGAGGCCCUGGGCACCGCCAACCUCACGCUGGCCUGGGUCAUGGCGGACCUGCGCGGAGUCCUCAACCCGAUCCUGGACCUCCCCGUGGACGACCCCACGCCCUUCCGCAGCGAGUUCGUCUACGUCGACGACGUCGCCCUGGGCCACGUCAGGGGCCUCAGCGUGCCGCUGCCGUCCAAGAAGAACCUCGAGAUCUGGGUCCUGGCUGUUGACGCGCCGGCGGGGCCGCGUCAAGAGGACGCCGAGGAGAUCCUGAAGCGGAGGUCGCCCGAGCUCGCCAAGCACUUGAGCUUCGCCGGCAAGGUCAAGACUCUGCCAGUCAAUUUCGAUGGUGCGAGAACACAGGAGGAGCUGCUGGGCAAAAGCUACGUGUCGUUCGAGGACCAGGUUGUGAGAGCUGUGGAGUGGAUGGCCAGUCUGCCUGAUGGUGAGCCUUUGCCUGCUUGA